CCCCAAGCGGUGGGGCAGGGGCAGGAGCUGGCAGCGCUCUGCUACAGCUACCGCGUGCCCAUGGUGCCCUUCGGCACCGGCACUGGCCUCGAGGGUGGCGUCAACGCCGUGCAGGGUGGCGUCUGCUUCGACCUGAGCCGCAUGGACGCCAUCACAGAGCUGAGCCUCGAGGACUUCUCGGUGGCAGUGGAGCCCGGCGUCACCCGCAAGGCCCUCAACAGCCACCUGCGUGACACUGGGCUCUGGUUCCCCGACCCAGCCGAGUCCCAGCGUGUCCACGCCUUUACCCAGCGCCUGGGCAGGCGGGCGCUGGCAGCAGGGGGCACCUGCACUGGGGAGCACGGCGUGGGGCUGGGCAAGCGGGCGCUGCUGCUGGAGGAGCUGGGCCAGGAGGGGCUGGACACCCUGCGCCACAUCAAGGCCACGCUGGACCCCCACAGCCUCAUGAACCCCCGGACGGGCUACUCCACGGAUGUCUGUGUGCCCAUCUCCCGCCUGCCCGACGUGGUGGUGGAGACCAAGCGGGACCUGCAGGACUCCGGCCUCACUGGCCCCAUGGUGGGACACGUGGGUGAUGGCAACUUCCACUGCCUCCUCAUCUUUGACGUCCAGGCCCCAGCCGAGUCCCAGCGUGUCCACGCCUUUACCCAGCGCCUGGGCAGGCGGGCGCUGGCAGCAGGGGGCACCUGCACUGGGGAGCACGGCGUGGGGCUGGGCAAGCGGGCGCUGCUGCUGGAGGAGCUGGGCCAGGAGGGGCUGGACCCCCUGCGCCGCAUCAAGGCCGCGCUGGACCCCCACAGCCUCAUGAACCCCGGGAAGGUGCUCUGA